CCGGAGGUGGCGGCGGCGGCGGCAGCCGGUCCCGGGACAGCGACGCAGCGCGCCGGCGGUCGCGACAGAGCCGGCCAGGCUCCGCAGCCCGCCGCAGCCGCCGCCUCCCCUUGAAGGCCAGAGAGCGCGGCGGCGGGCGCGCGGCCUGUGAGGGCGACCGGAGCGGCGGGCACGGCGCGGCGCCGAGCGUCCUGUCAGGCGGCCGAGGGCGCCGCGGACCCGCGCCGCGAUGAUGCCGAUGAUAUUAACCGUGUUCUUGAGCAACAAUGAACAGAUUUUAACAGAAGUUCCUAUAACACCAGAAACAACAUGUCGUGAUGUUGUAGAAUUCUGCAAAGAACCUGGAGAAGGCAGUUGCCAUUUAGCUGAAGUGUGGAGGGGAAAUGAGCGUCCCAUACCCUUUGAUUAUAUGAUGUAUGAACAUCUUCAGAAGUGGGGGCCACGAAGGGAAGAAGUGAAAUUUUUCCUUCGACAUGAAGAUUCCCCAACAGAGAGCAGUGAACAAGGUGGCCGUCAGACCCAGGAGCAAAGAACUCAGAGAAAUGUAACAAGUGUACCUGGAGAAAAACGCACUGAAAAUGGGGUUGGGAAUCCACGUGUUGAACUUACCCUCUCAGAACUCCAAGAUAUGGCAGCUCGGCAGCAACAGCAGAUUGAAAACCAGCAGCAGAUGCUGGUCGCCAAGGAACAGCGUUUACAUUUUCUAAAGCAACAGGAGCGCCGUCAGCAGCAGUCUAUUUCUGAAAAUGAAAAGCUUCAGAAAUUGAAAGAACGAGUUGAAGCCCAGGAAAAUAAGCUGAAGAAGAUCCGUGCCAUGAGAGGACAAGUAGACUACAGCAAAAUCAUGAAUGGCAAUCUGUCUGCUGAAAUAGAAAGAUUCAGUGCCAUGUUCCAGGAAAAGAAGCAGGAAGUACAGACUGCAAUUUUAAGAGUUGAUCAACUCAGUCAACAAUUAGAAGAUUUAAAGAAGGGAAAACUGAACGGGUUCCAGCCUUACAGUGGCAAGCUGACAGGACCGGCAGCAGUGGAGCUGAAAAGACUGUACCAGGAGCUCCAGAUUCGUAACCAGCUCAACCAGGAACAGAAUUCAAAGCUGCAGCAGCAGAAGGAGCUCUUGAAUAAACGCAACGUGGAGGUGGCCAUGAUGGACAAGCGGAUCAGCGAGCUGCGCGAGCGUCUGUACGGGAAGAAAACUCAGCUGAGCCGCGUGAACGGCACAUCGUCGCCUCAGUCGCCCCUGAGCGCGCCUGGCAGGGUGGCGGCGGUGGGGCCGUACAUCCAGGUGCCCAGCCCCGGCAGCUGCCCUGCCCCCGGAGACCCGGCGAAGCCCCAGUCCCUCACCGUCGCCUCGAGUGCUGCCCACGGAAGGUCCAAAUCCAAUGGCCGUGGUCAACCCAGAGCGACCCGCUCAUGGACAGUGUCGGACCUCGAUGCCAGGCCUGGCUGCGGCCCGUCGCAGUGCCCCACGAGCCCGUUUGCAAAGCCCAAUGAUGGAAACUGGCCGACCUUAAAACAGAAUUCUAGCUCUUCGGUGAGACCGCCGCAGAUGGCCAGCAUGGACUGGAAGGACGCGAGUACUGAGGGGCCGCUCAAGCAGGGGGCCGUCUCUAGCCAGCCCGUGUCCCUGUCAGCCCUGAGUGCCCCGGAGAAGCUGGGCAUGGAGAUCGGCAAAGUGCCACCCCCCCUGCCUGGUGUCAGCAAGCCGCUGCCCCCGAGCUAUGGGACGUACCCAAGUCCUGCCCCUGUGGGCCCGGGCUCGACCAACUCCCUGGAGAGGAGGAAGGAGGGCAGCUUGCCCAGGCCCAGCGCAGGCCUUCCCAGUCGGCAGAAGCCCGCCCCGCUGCCCCCUGCGGGUGGCCCACACCAGCCGGGCUCCUCGCAGCAGAUUCAGCAGAGGAUUUCUGUGCCCCCGAGUCCCACAUACCCGCCGGCAGGGCUGCCUUCCUUUCCAGCCGGAGACGGCAAACCUGAACUCCCGCUGACUGUGGCCAUUAGGCCCUUCCUGGCUGAUAAAGGGUCGAGGCCACAGUCCCCCAGGAAAGGACCCCAGACGGUGAAUUCAAGUUCCAUAUACUCCAUGUACCUCCAGCAAGCCACACCACCUAAGAAUUACCAGCCAGCAGCACACAGCACCGUGAAUAAGUCGGUUAAAGCAGUGUACGGGAAGCCAGUUCUGCCAUCUGGCUCCACGUCCCCGUCCCCGCUGCCCUUCCUGCAUGGCUCGCUGGCCCCGGGUGCCACGCAACCCCCGCCUCCUGGGGAGAGCGCCGAGAAGGAGCCGGAGCCCGAGAGCCCCGCGCCGCCCGGGGAUGGGGCCGUGGAGAGCCUGCCACGGCCGCUCAGCCCCACCAAGCUGACGCCCAUCGUGCACUCGCCGCUGCGCUACCAGAGCGACGCCGACCUGGAGGCCCUGCGCAGGAAGCUGGCCAACGCGCCGCGGCCCCUGAAGAAGCGCAGCUCCAUCACAGAGCCCGAGGGCCCUGGUGGGCCCAACAUCCAGAAGCUGCUGUACCAGCGCUUCAACACGCUGGCUGGCGGCAUGGAGGGUGCCCCCUUCUACCAGCCCAGCCCCUCGCAGGACUUCCUGGGCUCCUUGGCUGACGUGGACAAUGGGAAUGCCACUGCCAAUGGGAACCUGGGCGAGGCUGGCCCCGCCCCGCCCACCGCCCCGCUCCCCGCCGAGCCCGCCCCCGCCUCUGACGCCAACGACAACCGGCUCCCUUCCCCUGAACCUGAGGGCCUGCUCUGUCCCCCGAACACCCACCAGACGGCUGAGCCGGCCGAGGAUGACAACAACAACGUGGCCACGGCCCCGUCCACCGAGCAGGCCCCCAGCCCUGGGGCUGAGGCCCCCUCUCCAGGGGAGGAGCAGGCGCCCCCAGCUGUGCCGCUGUCCUUGGCCUCUACGAGCAAGCGGACCAACCUGAAGAAGCCCAACUCAGAGCGGACGGGGCACGGCUUGCGGGUCCGCUUCAACCCGCUGGCGCUGCUCCUGGACGCGUCUCUGGAGGGGGAGUUCGACCUGGUGCAGAGGGUCAUCUACGAGGUGGAGGACCCCAGCAAGCCCAACGACGAGGGCAUCACCCCCCUGCACAACGCCGUCUGUGCCGGCCACCACCACAUCGUGCGGUUCCUGCUGGACUUCGGGGUCAACGUGAAUGCUGCCGACAGCGACGGCUGGACGCCCCUGCACUGCGCCGCCUCUUGCAACAGCGUCCACCUCUGCAAGCAGCUGGUGGAGAGCGGCGCCGCCAUCUUCGCCUCCACCAUCAGCGACAUCGAGACGGCUGCGGACAAGUGCGAGGAGAUGGAAGAGGGCUACAUCCAGUGCUCCCAGUUUCUAUACGGCGUGCAGGAGAAGCUGGGCGUGAUGAACAAAGGCGUGGUGUAUGCCCUGUGGACCUACGAGGCCCAGAACAGCGACGAGCUGACCUUCCGCGAAGGGGAUGCACUCACCAUUCUGCGGCGCAAGGACGAGGUCGAGACCGACUGGUGGUGGGCUCGCCUCGGGGACCGGGAGGGCUACGUGCCCAGGAACCUGCUGGGGGCUGCGCCCUCUGCACCGAUGGCCCCUCAGGCCCUGGGCCUCCCUCUGCUCUCGGCUCCGCGCCCAGUGGGCUGGCAGCUGCUCUCGUCCUGCAGUCACUGGACACCUGCAAGGCACCUUUGGGGGCCUUACAGACAGUACCGGUACCUUAGGUGGUCCCGAGUGCCCUGAGAGAAAAAGGCACGGGGCCUCUGGGCGUUAGUAGGGUGUCUCCAGAGGGGGGCGGCCUCUGAGCAUCAGCCUGGCCUCGGCACAGGGCCCCUGCCCAGCAGUUGUCCCCUCGUCCUAA